AUGGCUGGCAGUUACUUCGCCGUUCGGGCGGGUAGCAGGGUCUUGGGUGCGACAACAAACGCGUCCAAAGUUUCCUAUCUGGCGAGACAGAGUUCCUUGCCGUCGCCCGUUACGGUGCCUGCCCUUGCAUCGCUGCGUGUUUUCGCCCCCUCGAGCCCUGCCUUUUUCUGCUCACUUUCUCGGACACGAUUUGCAGCGAACGCAGUCCAAUCGCACAGCGCGGGGUCUCAUGCACCAGCAGCGACAGUCACUCCAAGGUACACUGACGAUAUCCCUGCUGAAUAUUACAAGUACGGCAUUUUCAAGAACUACAGACGAGAUGACAGUCCCCUCCGGAGUUUGCUUCGCCUGAGCAUCACUACUGCGUUGCUUCUUCUGGUUGUGUUCCUGAACCACCACGCGUCUUGCAGCCACUGGCACUACAAGCAUCGUAUUACGGGCUCUUACCUCGACUCUGACUCGGAGUGA